AGAAGCUUGGCUGGAUGUCACUCCAGUCGAUUGGUUGCGGCAUUGUUUCUGCAUCCGUAAAUAGCGUCAGUCACUGUCGUUGUUAUCCUCUCGCUGGAAUCUUCGGAUGCGUGCCAGUCGAGUGAUGCUCUCACAGGGAAAGGCAGCAAAAGCGUACGCGCUCGACUUGGAGUUCGUGAAGUGCAAAGGCAGCGUCUACGCCCGCUCCGCCGCCUUCGUGCCCUUUCGUCGCAUCACCACCGCGCAAGCAACUGCGGGCAGCGAAUCUGCGGUUCAGACGAAUGCAACGCAGCAAAACAAAGGGGGUGGUACGGCCGACGACGCCCCGACGCGGCUGACCGAGCUACUCGACAAACCAAUUGUGCUGGAGCUAAAGCCGGAUGUGACACUGAGCCUCGCGGAGUCGCUACCAUGCGGCCACCUUCUUCGCGAGAUGAUCGAUGUCCGCUUUGCACCAACGCCGGCGUUGACUGCGGUCGUCAGAGAAUUUCACGAGACAGCAAGGAACGAGCUAAGCGCUCACCGUGACCUCCUUAAGACGCAACGCAAGCAAAAGAAAGAUGAAAAGAUUGAGCGAGAGAGGGAAGAGGAGAGAGCGGGCGGGGCUGCCGGUGACGCGCCUGACUGUUCUAGUGGUACAGUAGACACGGAUGACUUUAUUAACGUAGAGGAAGACCACGAUGCAUCCCUCUUGUCUUCCCCUACUGCUUUUUCCUCCUCUUCUUCAUUGAAAACAACUCGUCUUACGUCGUCCGCCGAGGCCAUGGCGUCGCGCUCGCUGCAGAUGCGUGACGGUCUGACGCACAACUUCAGAGGGCUCGAUCCCUACGGCAUUCCCAACGUCCGCAUUUUUGAGAGGGAAGCACUCAAGACGCUAUACGCAGCUCCAGUGGAGUCCCGUGAUUUCAAGGCGGCAGCAAAGCAGCUGCGCUGCCUGCUCCACGCUGGGCGCGGAAAGAACGGCUACAAGCCUCUCGCCUUCUGCACAAGGACGUACCCAGAGUUUCUUCAAAAAGUGCUGCAAGCGGUGUUCGAGAGCCCGUCCGCUUGGUAUGAGUGGCUGACCGCGUGCUACACCCGCGUGGAGGAGGACUUAAGAGGCGUAAGGGAAGCGCGUGGCGCGGUCGGCACAGGUGAGUCGAUUACGACACCCAUCACACAGGCGGCGGUCUUUGUGGAGUGCAAUACGCUGGAGGAACUUGCUACGAGGAUGAACCUGGUGUGGGGUGGGCUGCUCCGUGAGGGGGAGGUGAGAGGAGGAGGUGAUAGGGAGGACAGCACGAGAGGCGAAGGGUCCGGGACAGCACCGCCUAAAGUGUUUGUCUACGGCAACGCCGACCUCCGCGUCAUUCACAAUACGUUGGGGCUCAGCAAAUCCGUGCCGCCGCUCAACUUGCACCUGUCGGUUAGAGGGAGUAAGGUGCGUCGGUUCUUGACGCAUCGGUCCAGCAAAUCCCCCACUUCUUCCUCUUCCUCCUCUGCUGAGGCAGGGAAAACGGACGAGAGCACCCCCAAUAGCGAUGUUCAGCUCAUCUCACCGUACGAAGCACGUGUGGUGGAUAUCACGAAACAUCCUCUCUUCACCGCCUCUGGCUUUGCUCUGUCGUCCAACAAGACGCCCAGUCUCUCCGUGGCGCUGGAGAAGGCGGCGGUGCGUGAUGCUACGGCAGCCGCUCUGCAUGGAGCACCGCGCCAGCAUGAUGCGCUGUGGGAUGCGCAGGCCCUGGCGUGUCUUUGCUCGGUUUCAGGUGCGGUGCGAUGA